UGUUGUUGCCGAAGGUGUUGUUUUGAUCGGUAUCAGCGCGGAGGAAAGGAAAAUAAAUAAAAUCUUUGCAAUACAUUCCUGUGCUGUAUCGUGCGAAAUUAUUCCACGCUUUUGCAGGCUUUCUUGUGAAUCAAAUCAAACAUUUACUAUUUUUUGUGAUUUUGUGCGUGAGUAAAAAUGUUGUUGGACAAAAAUGUCCCCAAUUGAACAAUUCCCUUUGUUUAGAUAAGAGAGCGUACGCAGUGUGUUCCCCCGACAAGUUUCCCAAUAAAAAUGCUAGCCUCAUUGAAUGCGGGCAAAAGUUAGCGCUGAGUAAGGCUGUUAUCAAUAGCUACGCAAUCUCAAUACAUUGGAUAUCGGAAAGUCACCCCCGAAAACUAAAGACACCUGCGAAAAAGAGGCAACCGACAACAUAUACGGCCAAUUGGUGUACGCUUGGUAUUGAUAAGGGAGUAGUCCCUCGGCUGAUUACGAAAUAAUAUUACUCAGUACAGCCCAGCGGAAAGCCUAAUCGUGGCGAUCGUGAUUCACGGCAGUUUACGUUCAGAUAUUCAACCAAAGUGUUGACGCUGAGUGAAAUCGUGCACGGUGAAGCACUGCAGCAACAAUGUUUCGUAAAAUAUGGAAAUCCAUUUCCUCCGUUUAUCUGCUGUACGAACUCAACACCUGCAUAUACAUGCUGGAUCCUUGGGAAAAGCGCUUUGUCAAUGCGUUCAUAUUUGCCAUUUUAGGGCUGCUGAUCUUCUCGAGCUACACGUUCCUGCCGGGAUACACGCGGAAAUUGGUUAACGCAUUCCUUCCUGCCCAUUCCGCCCUGUCCGAUCUCGACAUGGACCAUCAGCGAUCGAUGGAGUUCAACAUACACUGACGAUAGAGGGGAUGUGAUGCCAUCGGAGGACCCUUUGUGAUACCGCAAAUCAAGGGCCAAUGGAGGGAACAUUGAACGCACCGACGAACCUUGCCAAUGUGCAGAGCACAAACAAUCGGAGCACCGCUAACUAGACAAGCUUAACUCUAAUGUUACAAACAAAUUCGAUACAAUUGUAGUCAGAAGCUGUGUUAAUUUUGGUUUGAAUGCCCUUACUUUCGAUUGCUUUUGAGCGUUAGUUAGUAAUAGUGAUGCAAAAUCUUCUAUCAACGGUCUAGGACGAAUCGCAAGUAAAUUAUGAGUAAGAAAAUAGCUUUAAAAAAACCUACAUUUGAAAAAAAUAAACGAAUUACAAUUAAUCCA